AUGACCUGCGGAUCAGGAUUCGGCGGCCGCGCCUUCAGCUGCGUCUCAGCCUGCGGGCCCCGGCCCGUCCGCUGCUGCAUCACGGCCGCCCCCUACCGCGGCAUCUCCUGCUACCGCGGCCUCACCGGGGGCUUCGGCAGCCGCAGCCUCUGAGGGGACUUCCGCGCCGGCUCCCGCGGCCGCAGCUUCGGGUACCGCUCUGGCGGCGUGUGCGGCCCCAGCCCGCCCUGCAUCACCACCGUGUCGGUCAACGAGAGCCUCCUCGCGCCCCUCAACCCCAACGCGCAGUGUGUGAAGCAUGAGGAGAAGGAGCAGAUCAAGUGUCUCAACGACAGGUUUGCUGCCUUCAUCGACAAGGUGCGCUUCCUGGAGCAGCAGAACAAGCUGCUGGAGACCAAGCUGCAGUUCUACCAGAACCGCCAGUGCUGCGAGAGCAACCUGGAGCCCCUGUUCCAGCGCUACAUCCAGGCGCUGAGGCGGGAGGCCGAGCGUGUGGAGGCCGACAGCGGGAGGCUGGCCUCGGAGCUCAGCCACGUGCAGGAGGUGCUGGAGGGCUACAAGGAGAAGUGA